UAUGUGUCGGAAGCUUGCCAAAUGUUGCGUCUACUUGGUCAAGGCCGUUUCGCUCAGGUCUGGUUGGCGAAACUAGAACCCUCGACUGGAACAGAUUCCGGUUUGGAUAUAUCACAUCGGUCACCCUAUUCAGAUCCGUUGAGUGAUAGUUUAUUACUACCCGACGCUUCUCAGCCGAAUGACUCAAAUGGUCGCUCGUCUCCUCCCAACUCUACAGACACUCAAUCCCGUUUGGUUGCCGUGAAAAUUUUCCCUGCCGCUGAACAACGAACCUGGGCAAACGAAGCCGCGGUGUUUAGAAUUCUUCGGUCCACUAUCACCCGAUCUGCUUCUGAAAUUGAUACCUGUUACCACUUGAUUCGCCUGUCUGGUGCAGGAAAAGUACACAACGAAUAUCGUCUUGUGUUGGAAUAUGCUCCACGAGGUAGUUUGCGGGACUUGUUAGAUCGAGGGGAAUGGUACCCGUUACAGUUAGUGCUAAAUUUGGCGCGUGACAUGGUUCGCGGUCUGUGCUACUUGCAUGCCGAUUAUCCGACAGUAGAUCGACCUUCGAUUGCACAUCGGGAUGUGAAACCGGAGAACGUACUGAUUCGGUCAGAUGGAUCGGCUUGUCUAUCAGACUUCGGCCAGUCUGUGGUUCUCGAUACCCGUUUAAGUGACGAAGUGGUCCGAUCUGAUCGAACCGGUCCGGCCGCCGCCGCCACAACGACCACCAUGUUGUCCAACAAUCUGGUCAGUUGUGGAACAAACUUUGACGCAGUCCCUAAGGUGAGUUGA